GGCAUCUGGGGAAAGCAGAAGACGUACGUGGAGCCAGGGGCCUACGAGGCAGAGGCCAGAGCCACGGCCGAAGCGGAAGCAAAGAAUGAGCAAGCUUUCGAAGAUUUUGCAGGUGAAAAGGAGAAGGAAGGGUUGACCGAUACGGUUGACUAUCAAAACUUCCGUGAAGCUUAUCACCUUGCGGAACGAAUGAGCCCGCUCAUGAAACUUGCUGACCAGCUCAACAGCUACGGGCAAACUGGUCUCUACCACGACAACAUCCGCCUCGACAAAACCAACUCCUUUAAGGUGCAGCACAUGUAUUUCCGCACUAAGGCUCUUCCUCGCUACCGCAUGAAGUUCAACUUCUCGGAGGAGGACCUUAUGGAGCAG